AUGAGGUUCAAAUUCCCUCUCUUGGCCAUUGCCGUGGAGGUUGCCAUAAUUGUUUUAUUUGCAUUAUAUGUUGAGUAUGAAAUGGAUCCAGACCUUUCCCAGCAGACCAACCGCACCAAUUCAACAGCUGCGGACCAAUCGCUCCAGCUAUAUCCUCUAUUCCAAGAUGUGCAUGUUAUGGUAUUUAUUGGGUUUGGCUUCCUCAUGACCUUCCUGAAGAACUAUGGCUUCGGUGGUGUGAGCUUCAACCUAUUCAUUGCUGCCCUGGGCCUCCAAUGCGGCAUUAUGGCACAAGGGCUCCUGCACAACCAUGAACAGAAAUUUCAUAUUGGAAUCAAAGACAUGAUCAAUGCAGACUUCAGUACAGUCACGGUUCUGAUUUCUUUUGGAGCUCUCCUGGGAAAAACAAGUCCAGUCCAAAUGCUGAUCAUGACAAUUUUAGAAAUUAUUAUCUUUGCUGUCAAUGAAUAUCUGGUUGUUGAGAUCUUUAAGGCCUCUGACGUUGGAGCAUCCAUGACGAUCCAUGCCUUUGGGGCCUAUUUUGGUUUGACUGUAGCAGGCAUCUUAUAUCGACGAGGCCUGAGAGAGGGGCAUACUAAAGAGGAGUCUGUGUACCACUCAGACUUGUUUGCGAUGAUUGGGUCUCUUUACCUGUGGAUGUUUUGGCCCAGCUUUAAUUCAGCUAUUGCUGAACCUGGAGAAAAACAGUACACGGCCAUUUUAAACACAUACUUGUCUCUUGCUGCCUGUGUGCUCACGACCUAUGCAAUCUCCAGCCUUUUGGAAAAAGAAGGCAAGUUUAAUAUGGUUCACAUUCAGAAUGCAACCCUUGCUGGAGGAGUCGCAGUAGGCACUUGUGCAGACAUGGAGAUUCAACCAUAUGCUUCCUUGAUCAUUGGGAGUGUUGCAGGACUCGUCUCUGUGUUUGGGUUCAAGUUCCUGACUCCAUUUUUUGCUACUAAACUGGGGAUCCAUGAUACCUGUGGGGUCCAAAGCUUGCACGGCUUACCUGGUGUGGUAGGAGGCCUCGCAGGCAUUGUGGCUGUAGCCAUGGGAGUAACUGAUCGGUUUACCGUGUCCAGUCAGGCAAAAGCACUAGGUUCUUCCAUCGGAACAGCAGUCGGUGGAGGGCUGGUCACAGGUUUAAUUCUAAGGAUACCUAUCUGGGGCCAGUCAUCUGACCUGGACUGCUACGAUGAUUCUGUUUAUUGGGAGGUCCCAGAGAAGAAAGAAUAUGACUGAAAAUGGUGACCCGGACCCGCUGAACUCUGGAGUCUAAACACCUUUCCCAUGCCUCAGCUUCCUUUCCCAAUAUCUAGAAUCAAGUGUAAAUGAACAAAAAGGCAACAUCCAAAUAGAAUAUGGACCAGAAUGGAUAGGUGCUGAGCCUCAAAUGUCCAGUGUAAAAAUAUCUUAACAUAAUCUCCUACUGUCUCCUGAGAUUUAGUGGUUGUUUAGUUGAAGGAAUGUGACUCAUAAAACAGAUGGUCAAAUGGAUUCUAUUCAGGACUCCCAGAUUACUCUUGCCACUGGGUAGUUACAGCGUGAACAUUCCAUGUGUAUUAUAUUUUUUCCCCAUAGAGGUAGGUUGACAAAGAAAUCAGCAGUUUCUAAUCAUGUCAAUUUCUUAAUGUAGAUACUAUAUCUUCAAUCCCAAAGAUUAUAAAACUGAAGCCUAUCUGUGUAAGGAAUCGAAAUAAGAAAUGUGACAGAAAUGUAUGUAUGUAAAGCAGUAAUAGGAUUGUUUUUAGUAAUGCUUUCUUGAUUUAAAAAAUGGUCUAGUUAGUAAUGUUAUAUCUUUGCUUGCAUAUUCUUAUGCUUAAUUCCUUUUACAUGCUUGCUAUUUGAAACAAGAGCUCAAAU